UUCGAGCGCCCGAGCCUUUUUGUCCCCUUCCGCGUGCGGUGUCCUAAUUGAGCGGAAGUGGUGGUCGUGAGAGAAGAUGGCUGCCCCUGCGGCGCCUGGUGCGGCGGCUCAUCGGGCUAGCAAACGCGGCGGCGGCGGCGGCGGGCCAGGAGGUGGAGGCGGCGGCGGGGGAGCCCGAGGGGCGGAGGAGGAACCCCCGCCACCCCUCCAGGCCGUGCUGGUGGCUGACAGCUUCAACCGCCGCUUCUUCCCCAUCUCCAAGGACCUGCCUCGGGCCCUCUUGCCCCUGGCCAAUGUGGCCCUCAUCGACUACACUCUAGAAUUUCUGACUGCCGCAGGGGUGCAGGAAACCUUUGUGUUUUGUUGCUGGAAGGCUGCUCAGAUCAAGGAACAUUUACUCAAGUCCAAGUGGUGCCACCCUACAUCUCUCAAUGUGGUUCGAAUAAUUACAUCUGACCUGUAUCGCUCUUUGGGGGAUGUCCUCCGGGAUGUCGAUGCCAAGAACUUGGUGCGCUCUGAUUUUCUUCUGGUAUAUGGGGAUGUCAUCUCAAAUAUCAACGUCACCCGCGCCCUUGAAGAGCACAGGUUGAGGCGGAAGCUGGACAAAAACAUAUCUGUGAUGACGAUGAUCUUCAAGGAGUCAUCCCCGAGCCACCCCACUCGUUGCCAGGAAGACAAUGUGGUAGUGGCUGUAGAUAGUGCCACGAACCGGGUCCUUCAUUUCCAGAAGACCCAAGGUCUCCGACGCUUCGCCUUCCCCCUGACUUUGUUCCAGGGCAGUGGUGAUGGCGUAGAGAUCCGCUACGACUUGCUGGAUUGUCACAUCAGCAUCUGUUCCCCACAGGUGGCCCAGCUCUUCACAGACAACUUUGACUAUCAAACUCGAGAUGACUUCGUGAGAGGCCUCUUAGUAAAUGAGGAGAUUCUGGGGAACCAAAUCCACAUGCAUGUAACAACUAAGGAAUAUGGUGCCCGAGUCUCCAAUUUACAUAUGUACUCUGCUGUUUGUGCUGAUGUCAUCCGCCGUUGGGUCUACCCUCUUACCCCAGAGGUCAACUUUACCGACCAGCCCAAUCAAAGCUGCACUCAUUCCCGGCACAACAUCUAUCGAGGGCCUGAGGUCAGCUUGGGCCAUGGCAGCGUCCUACAGGAAAAUGUGCUCCUGGGCUCUGGCACUGUCAUCGGCAGCAAGUGCUCCAUCACCAACAGCGUCAUUGGCCCUGGAUGCCACAUUGGUGACAAUGUGGUGCUGGAUCAGGCCUACCUAUGGCAGGGUGUCCGCGUGGCUACUGGAGCACAGAUCCACCAGUCACUGCUCUGUGACAACUCAGAGGUCAAGGAGAAAGUCAUUCUGGAGCCACGCUGUGUCCUGACUUCCCAGGUGGUCGUGGGCCCAAACAUCAAACUUCCUAGGGGCUCGGUGAUCUCUCUGCAUCCUCCAGAUGCAGAAGAAGAUGAGGAUGACGGCCAGUUCAGUGAUGACUCUGGAGCUGAUCCAGAAAAGGAGAAAGUGAAGCUGAAAGGCUAUAACCCAGCUGAAGUUGGAGUUGCAGGCCAGGGCUACCUUUGGAGAGCUGCAAACAUGGACUUGGAGGAGGAAGAGGAGCUCCGGCAGAGUCUGUGGGGCCUCCACAUCAACAUGGAAGAUGAGAGCGAGAGUGAGAGUGAGCGCAGUCUGGAUUCUGGGGAGCUUGACAGCAGAGCAGGCUCCCCAAUGCUAGAUGACAUCAAAGUGUUCCAGAAUGAAGUCCUAGGGACACUGCAGCGGGGCAAGGAAGAGAACAUUUCCUGUGACAAUUUGGUCCUGGAGAUCAACUCUCUCAAGUAUGCCUACAACAUAAGCCUGAAGGAGGUGAUGCAGGUCCUGAGCCACGUGGUUUUGGAGUUCCCCCUGCAACAGAUGGAUUCCCCGCCGGACCCAAACCGCUACAGUACCCUACUAUGUCCCUUGAUUAAGGCCUGGAGGCCUGUUUUUAGAAACUACAUAAAGCGCGCCGCUGACCAUUUGGAAGCUUUGGGAGCCAUCGAGGACUUCUUCUUGGAGCAUGAAGCUCUUGGAAAUUCCAUGGCCAAGGUUCUGAUGAUGUUUUACCAGCUAGAGAUCCUGGCAGAGGAAACCAUAUUGAACUGGUUCAGCCAAAAGGACACCACUGACAAGGGCCGUCAAUUGCGCAAGAACCAGCAGCUGCAGAGAUUCAUCCAGUGGCUGAAAGAGGCAGAAGAAGAAUCCUCUGAGGAUGACUGAAGUCACUCUGCUGCCUGCUCCUGUGGGGCUCACGGGCCAGGCAGAUCAGAGGCUAGUGGUAGAAGGAUGAGGGCCCACCAUCGGGGCUAAGACAGAAGCGGAGGCUGGAUCCGCAGUAUUCUUCCCACCACCAGCAACCUUGGAUAUCAGACUGGGGCCUGAGGGACUAGGACAGCUGCUGGAGGAGGAGCUGGGCCGGCCCUGCAAAUUCGAGGAGACCCAAGGAACUGCUGAGUGCUCUGGCUUUCCUCAGGGAACGGCAGAGAGAAACAGUCCUCUCUGCUGCUUGUGUUUGUUAACAUUAAAGAGAGAGACAAUGUU